AUGGCUUCGAAAAAAGAUAUGCGCCGCGCCGACCUCAUCGUGCCCUAUGCCGAACCCGAGAAGAGCAAAGAUGAAGGCGACAUGUCGAGCACGCUGUCGAGCACGCUGCCCAUGGCUGCUAUCUUCACGCGCAACAAGGUUGCCGUAGUCUUUGCUAUCCAGGCUUGGCUGGCUGAGACGGCCGAACAGAGGAAGACGUCGACUACGCCUGCUUACUUCCAGGUCGGCAUGUCUAACCCGUUCGCGGAAGCGGAUGAAGAUACCGGCCAGGUCAAACAGACUCAGCAGGACUACAUUCAUAUUCGUAUCCAACAGCGCAAUGGCCGCAAAACCCUGACGACGGUGCAAGGUCUCCCCAAGAAAUUCGACCAGAAGAAGAUCCUCAAAGUGAUCAAGAAGAAGUUUGCCUGCAAUGGCACCAUUGUGAGCGACGCCGAAAUGGGCGAGGUCGUCCAGCUCCAGGGCGAUCAGCGAAAGGACGUCCAAGACUUCUUGACCGACAAGAAGGAAGGCCUCGGUCUCGACGCAAAAACAAUCAAGGUCCACGGUUUCUAG